GCCAGAUAUGCGCUUUUACGCACUAGACAGGAUCGUGUGGAUUUUACGCACAGCAAACCAUUAAGGCCACUUUGGCACAGAUUCUUCCCCCCCAGUUUUGGCGGGUUUUUUUGUUGUUGUUGUUGCUUUUUUAAACACUGCGUGUGACCAUGACUCUGUCCAGUGAAUUUGACGCAUUACAGCACACGGGGUUGCAUUUAGAAGAGGGUGAGGUUGACAUAGAGGGUGAGGAAGAGAUUGUCAAUCGGCGGUUAAAUGGAAAUGCAUGUUCUACAGACCCCGGAUCCUCAGCAGAAUAUUGCCCUGAGUUUGACUCUUCAGAGCCCGACUCGUCAGGGGAAAGUGAGAACAGUUUCUGCGUUAACGCACCGUCGUCAAAAGUCCAGAGCACUUCGGUAAAACCUCCUUACUCCUACAUAGCUCUCAUCACCAUGGCCAUCCUACAGAGCCCUCUGAAGAAGCUGACACUGAGUGGCAUUUGUGACUUCAUCAGCAACAAGUUUCCCUACUACAGAGACAAGUUCCCCGCUUGGCAGAACUCGAUCAGACACAAUCUUUCCCUCAACGACUGUUUCAUCAAGAUUCCAAGAGAGCCUGGAAAUCCGGGAAAGGGGAACUACUGGUCUCUGGACCCUGCAUCGGAGGACAUGUUCGACAAUGGCAGCUUCCUUCGACGCAGGAAACGGUUCAAGAGGAAUCAGGCGGAGUUCGGCAAAGAUGGACUUAUGUUUUAUUCCCACUUAAGCUGCUACCGGCCGUACGGGCAUCCAUACAACAUACAGGGCCAGGUUAGCCCCACAUCUGCUGCUACUAUUUGCUACAACCCACUGCAGGAUGGCACCAUGAUGCUUCCCUCUUCCUACCACAUUCUACCACGCGCUCUGAACAGUCAGGGGAAGAUCACUGGGCCUAAAGACUCGAGUGCGCAUCCGUGCGUAACAGAAGCAAAACCUGGCUCGCAUGUGAAAUGCUCUUUCAGCAUUGACAGCAUUAUGAGCAGACCUUGUCCUGUCAGGCAGCAGAACCUAAACCUGCCACACAGCCCUCACAACGGUCUUGGAUAUGGCCGUUACAUGUCGAGCCCAAGUGCCUGCUUGCUACCGACGCUUCUGCAGCCUUCAAGGACUCCUUUCUGCCCUCAUCCCAUGCUGAGUGCUGCUCCUGUGAUAAAUGAGCAUUUCAGACUCUCACACCCCCGCUGCUGAGGCCUACAAGAAACUGUACAGUUGAUUGUUAUGGUUUAUUUCUUAAAGAAAUGUUGUAUGCAUGAUAUUUAUGUUUACUUAUAUUAAAAAUGUGUCUUCAAAAAUAAGAAGUGUAAAUAAGAUGAGUGGUAAUA